UAUCUAUACUUGUUCUUGAAAGGUGAAGUUCCUUCUCUGUACCCUUGAAUAUGGGUCGAAUGGUGGAGUACGAGUUUAUUGCUGAUGAACGUGUUCGGAGGCAAACGUUUCGGAAAAGAAAGGCUGGAUUGUUGAAGAAGCUGAGCGAGCUUAAAACUCUAUGUUCUGUUGAUGCAUGUGCUAUAAUAUAUCCUACUAAUACAACUGGAUCUGUUGCUCAACCAGAUGUUUGGCCUUCUCCAUCUGAAGCAAACCAUUUGCUACAAAGGUUUAAAAACUUGCCUAGUCCGCAACAAGCAGCUAACAUGAUGAACCAAGAAAAAUUCCUUACCCAAAACAUAUUGAGAGUGAGUAAGAAUUUCGACAAGGAAAAGCAGAAAAAUCGGGGGUUUGACAUUGAACAACAAAUGAUCAAAUUAUUGUUUGAAAAAAAUUUGCAUGAUUUUAGCAACUUGGAUGAUCUGAGAGAUGUCGCUUCCCUUUUGGAUGCGAAGAUUAAUCUGGUGAACGAUAAGAUUGAAAACCUCGCGCGUGAUGAGAAUGGGAACGAGAUUAGGAGUGGAUCAAGGUGCGGCAAAGAGAAACAACAAUCCAUUUGAAGAUAAGCACCGAUGAAGCAGAUCCUUUGGGCAGCGGUGUAUCAUGAAAGUUCAAUUCUGAGUGUGUUUAGUUGUGCUUUUUUUGUAAUGAAGUUCCCUUUCGUGUUAUCUGAAAAAAAA